AUGCCGUCAUUCACUCCAGACAGUAACUACAGUAUAGACGAUUACAUAAACGAUCCUGAUGAUGAGCCCUGCAGCCUGGACCUCCACCCUGUGGGCGUCACCACCAAAACAUACAUCUACUCCAUCAUCUGUGCCUUCGGCCUGAUGGGCAACGCUCUCAUUAUGAUCACCUACAUGUUCUAUAAGAGAACCAAGACGAUGACAGACGUCUAUCUCUUCAAUGUGGCUGUGGCAGACCUGAUUUUUGUGGUGGCUCUGCCAUUUAUCAUAUACAAUGAGCAGUACAGCUGGUUAAUGGGCCCUGUGGCCUGUAAGAUUCUGGGGUCCGCCUACAGCAUUAACCUCUACAGCAGCAUGCUGCUGCUGGCCUGCAUUAGCGGCGACCGUUAUGUUGCCAUCGUCCAGGCUAGACGUUCCUUUGGGGCUCGCUCACGUGCUAUGAUCUACAGCCGCCUAAUCUGCUCAGCCGUGUGGGGGUUUGCAGUGGCUUUGACUCUGCCCACACUCAUUUACACCAAGCGCUAUGAUGAGCCUGUUCUCGGAGCUCAGAAUGUCACUGUGAUGUGUCAUCUGCAUUUCACUGAGGACGACACAGCAAAGGUGAUGAAGGUGCUGCUGCCAAGUCUUCAAAUGGCCAUUGGCUUCCUGUUGCCUUUGAUCAUGAUGGUGCUGUGCUACUCCAGCAUCAUGUGCACCCUGCAGAGAGCACAGAGCAGCCAGAGGCACAAGGCCAUCCGUGUGGUUUUGGCCGUCGUCGUGGUUUUCAUCGUAUGCCAUCUUCCCUACAACGUGGCUUUGUUGAACCACACCCUGGAUCUUUUUAAGCAGAGGAGCUGUCAGGCAGAAAAGAUGAAGCUUAGAGUCCUGGCCAUUUCCAGAAGCAUAGCCUACCUCCACUGCUGCCUCAACCCCGUCCUCUACGCCUUCGUUGGAGUCAAGUUCAGGAGCCACUUCAGACAAAUAAUGGUGGACCUAUGGUGUUUCAGCAAGAAGUACAUCUACUCUGCCCGAUCGUCUCAUGGGACAUCCGAUUUCUGUGUUUCAGGCUUAAAGUCCUCAGAUGGCUCCAACAACAUGUCAUCGUUCAGUGCGUGACCUGCAGCCAUUCAGGCUUUCAUCUAACCCGAGCUGCGAUUUCACUGCAACUAUACAGAGAAAGAGAUGAAAGCGUCUGUGUAAAAUGUAAAAAGGUUUUUAAAUGAAAGAAAUAGCUGUAAAUGUAGCUUAUACGAAAUCACGUUAGUUACCUUCAAUAUAGCAUAGAAUGUAACUGUCUUUUACAGUAGGCUAAUAUUCUAACUGAUCGUCACUGACAUGAUAGAAAACUGAGCUAGAUACAGACAUUUUUACAAAUGUUUUAUUAUUGUGUUGG